UUACUCGACUGGAUCUUGUAUUUUGUUAAAAUAAUUAAUCAAAAAUCAAUAUAAAGUACACUAGAGUAUGAAUAACUGUCGAUGGAUAUUCAAAAAUAAGAAGAGCUUUUGGUGAAAUCCGCUAGAAGUCGCUGUUGGACACAACUUACCUGACUUUACAGCCGACAUCUUUGAUCGGAUAUUUAAGUGUAUUAGUAAGCUCGUAAGCCUCAAACUACAUUUAUUAUUUUUAAUUUAAUUCUCUUCAAAAAACUGGACAUUUCUCAUUUAAAUUUAAUUAAUUAUGUUAAGUUCAUCAUAGUUUAUUAUGAUACAGCUAUCGAAGAUUUCCAAGUAUAAGUAUAAGGAAGUUACAGAGAGAGACACGAAAACAGUAGUCGAUCGUUUGCAUCCAAGAUCUGUGUAAAAUGGCACAGAUCAAUACAUCUUAUCAGUAUUUUGAGAAUUAAUGAAAUUGUGCAUUAUUGGAUACGCGCAAAAUGUCGAAUAACAAUAAUAGUAAUAGUAAUGGAAGUUUCAUAAACCAAAGUAAUAGUAGUUCAGAACGGCAACCAGAUUUACAGCAACCAAGUAUUAAAAGGCAACGAAUAGAUGCAAAUAAUGAGCAGCAACAUGUACAGAAGAAUAAUACACAACAGCAACAACAGAUCCAGCAGACAUCCACUAAACCAUCACUGGCAUCAUUUCUCGAUGAUUCGGGUAAUUCAACAUCCUCUGCAUCAUCAACGUCGUCUCCUUCACCAAUUAACUUGCAUAGUGAAAUAAUAUUGAAAUCAGACGUUGGACAAGAUGUUCGUGAUCUAGCAGGAUUAAUAAGCGGAAGUGAAAGAGAUGAACAGUUUUUGAGUGACAGUGAAUGUGUAACGACAUUUCAAACGCAAUUGACUGAACAUCAGUGUCUCUGUGGAUUAAGUGAAAAAAUUCUUAAAAUUCCAUUCCAAUAUUAUUCGGUAAAUAAGAAAGUAAGCAGUAACAGUAAUCAUGCAAAGAAAAGUUUAAAAAAUGAAAAUGUUGAAAACGAAUUAACAAAGACUUUAGAUAAUAUGACCCAAGUGCAUUAUAUUAAAUCACUAAAACAUUGGCCUGAAGAUUAUCUACUACAAUUUCUAUCGAAUCUUCAGCUACUCUUUCAUAUGUAUUUAAAACAGAAUGCAAAAGGCAACAUUUGUGGAAAGAUCAUGGAGAUAUGUGAUUGCCUCAUACGUAAUGAAAUUAAUAUAUUUGAGAAUCUAAUUGAAUUGUGUAACAGCAGUACAACGCAUACGAGCAAUUACAUUAAUUUUAUAUCCAGCAAAAUCAUUACCUACUUCUUAAUCAUUAUUAAGGACGAAAUUGAUCAAGAGUGGUUGAAGAAGAUUGUUGACAAUCUAUUCACAUUUGAGCAUUUAGACUAUGCAGCUGUAAGGAGAAUUAAUUUUAGUUUAGAUAUAAUUAAAUGUAUAGUUGAAUGGAAGGAUCAUGAUGAGCAUAUUUUGGAAGACGACGAUCACAUUACUGAAUCAGCUCCACCUCUCGAAACCAAUUAUUUUGCGACAUAUCAUGACGGUCCCUCAACAUCCUCAUCCAGUGCCUUGCCAUCGUAUUUAACUUCAUCAUCAUCAUCAUCACAUACUAAUCAUCAUCAAAACAGUGGCAGAUCGUCUGCAACAUCAGGUCAUAAUUCCCCAGUGUCAAAUGGAUGUCAUUUUGUGCAAUUGACAGACUCCGAGAGCUUCGAUACGACUCAUAUUAAAUGUAUUACAAUUAAAAUCCUUGAAAAUAAGUGGCCGGCACUCGUUAAGAAUAUAAGUACACUUAUAACGGAAUUAGCGGCUGCACAUUUCCGACAACAACAAAUAAAUCGAUCAAGCAUCAGCAUCAAUAAUCAAAGUAUGAGACUCAAUAAUGCAGAAAAUUGCAUAUUGACCUUUAUUGCUCUAUGGGAAAGCAUCAUUAGUGUAAAAACUAAUUUAUCUGUAAUUGAAACAUUACCAUUCUAUGCACAUCUUGUAAAUUUUGAAUCACUCUUAAACCAAAACUUACCAUGUACAAUUUAUAAGGCAAUGCUACAACUCUUUAAUGAAGCAUUAUGUUAUGGUAGCACUUUGGCACUUCAAGACCUCUUGCCUGAAGAAACAUGCUCACUUGCUCACCAAAUUGUACGACAUGUAAAAGAUUAUCGAAUAUUAGAAUCGAUGCCUCGACAAAAUAACCGUACAGCACACAAUGAUGAAUGUGAAGAUGACAAUCUUAGGACGCUUAUUGGACAGCAUUUCGAGAGUGUAAUAAUAUCGCCACAUUCAUUCGAUUCCCGUAUACCAAUAGCACAAUCGGAAUCGACAGCAAGCAGUAAUUCACCAGUGACAUUCGAUAAGAGCUUAUUGCAAAAAAUGACACUUCUUGUGCUAAAAUCAGUUGCUGUUUCCGUUAAAGAGAUACGAAGUGAUUCAUCGGAUAGCUCUAUAGACAGUACAGACUAUGAAGCAUUCCAGGAAAUGAUGUUAAUUGAGCGAUCAAUUAGGGAUGUUUUAAAGAAAUUAGAAUCAUUUAUUAAGAACACGUUAGAGUUCCAUCCAGAGAGUCAUUUUAGUAAAAUUCUUAUUCAUUUGUUUGAUGAUCAAGAUGAUUACUUAAUCGAAGCGAUGGUAUGUACUUUAGACGUAACUUCAGGUAUAUCAUUUAGAAAUAAUGCAUUUCCGGAGCUCGUUGCUAUGCUCAAUCCCGUCUAUACCUUCUUAGAAUUCCUCAAAAUGAUUUCCAAUAGUACCGAUCUUCUUCUUGACCUCCUUGUCAGCAAUGAGACAUGCUUCCUUCUAUAUCUUUUACGCUUCCUCAAGUAUAUCCGUAUAAAUUGGUCGAUGUUUGUGCAAAGUUGUCGGGACUGUGGAAUGGGAAAUAAUGUCUUGGACGAUACCAUCACCGUCAUGACUCGUCUAAGGUUCAAAAUUGGACGUCUCGUAUCGAAAUCUCUAUAUCCUUAUGAUAUUGCACCUGUUUUGCGUUUACUCGAGAGUUGUGAGAAUCUUUAUGAAGGCAACGAGCUCAGUUAGUAGUUUUGACGAUGGCUAAUACAUAAUAGUUUAAUAAAUAAUGAAAAAAAAAACAAAAAAAAAAUGAACCAUGUACAUCAAUAAUAUUCAAUUUUAGCCUUAAGUAAGAAAUCGAAUAAUAAGCCUUUAUGUUAUAUUGCUCUUACUCUUUAUUUAAGUGUUCAUACUUUUAUUUUAUUUUAUCUUUCUACCUUUUUGACUCUGAAAUAUUUAAUGUACUAUAUUCUGGUACGAGAAAGAAUUUAUUUUAAGUUCUUAUUCAUUCUUAAAUUUAUGCAAAAAAUAUGAAAAGAGAAUGUCUGCAACUUGAUUAUUUCAUUUUUAAGGAAAUCACACAAAACUUUGUAUUUUAGUCUUCCCUCAAUAAAAAGAAAAAUAGAUUCAUUUUUAAUUUAAUUUAAAU